UAGUUGAGUUUCGUGAUCCACAGAAAUCGGACGGAUUUUCAGGUGCAAUUCAUAAAAUUGCAUUAAACCAAUCAAUCGGUGCAUUGGUGCAAUUUUUUUUCCAAGGAGUUAUUCAAAGUGAAUAAAAAGAGAAAAAUAAAAAAAAUCAUAGCUUACAAGUUAAAUUGACAAGUUUGAGCAAUUAAAUUAUAAUACAAAUUGACAAAUUUAUCGUAAAAAACUUUAAAAAGUGUUAGUUUGUUUUUCAAAAAUCAAAAUCUUAAAAAAAAAAAAAUAAAAUAAAAUGGGCAAAACUCCUGCAAUUGGAAUAGAUUUGGGAACAACAUACUCCUGUGUUGGAGUUUGGCAACACAGCAAAGUUGAGAUCAUUGCUAAUGAUCAAGGAAACCGAACAACUCCUAGCUAUGUCGCCUUCAAUGACACGGAAAGGUUAAUUGGCGAUGCAGCUAAAAAUCAGGUAGCAAUGAAUGCUAAAAACACAGUUUUCGAUGCCAAACGAUUAAUCGGUCGUAAAUUCGAUGAUCAAAAAAUCCAAGAUGACAUGAAACAUUGGCCAUUCAAAGUUAUCAAUGAUUGUGGAAAGCCUAAAAUAGAAGUUGAAUUUAAAGGUGAACGAAAAGUAUUUGCCCCAGAAGAGAUAAGUUCAAUGGUUUUGGUAAAAAUGAAGGAAAUCGCUGAAGUUUAUUUGGGUGGAAAAGUCGUUGAUGCUGUCAUCACUGUACCAGCUUAUUUCAAUGACUCUCAGCGUCAAGCUACAAAAGAUGCCGGAUCAAUUGCUGGUCUAAAUGUCUUACGAAUUAUCAAUGAACCAACUGCAGCCGCUUUGGCUUAUGGUUUAGAUAAGAAUCUCAAAGGUGAAAAGAACGUUCUUAUCUUUGAUUUGGGUGGAGGUACUUUUGAUGUGUCAAUUCUUUCAAUUGACGAAGGAUCACUUUUUGAAGUGAAAUCAACUGCCGGAGAUACACAUUUGGGUGGGGAAGAUUUUGACAACCGCCUUGUUAACCAUUUUGUAGAGGAAUUCAAAAGAAAACACAAAAGUGAUCUCCAUGGAAAUGUUCGCGCUCUGCGAAGAUUGCGAACAGCUUGUGAACGAGCAAAGCGAACUCUGUCAUCGAGCACUGAAGCUUCUAUUGAAAUUGAUGCUCUCCAUGAUGGUAUUGACUUUUAUUCAAAAAUUAGCCGAGCCCGUUUUGAAGAGCUAAAUAUGGAUCUCUUCCGGUCUACAUUGCAACCAGUUGAAAAAGCUCUUAACGAUGCCAAAAUGGAUAAAGGGGCUAUUAAUGAUGUGGUUUUGGUUGGAGGCUCGACACGCAUUCCGAAGAUUCAGAAGUUGCUUCAAGACUUCUUUGGGGGAAAACAACUUAAUUUGUCAAUAAACCCCGAUGAAGCUGUAGCUUAUGGAGCCGCUGUACAAGCUGCUAUUUUAACUGGUGUCGGAAGUUCCCAAAUCCAAGAUGUCUUACUUGUGGAUGUUACUCCACUAUCGUUAGGUAUUGAAACAGCUGGAGGGGUUAUGACAAAGUUGAUUGAAAGAAAUGCGAGAAUUCCAUGCAAACAACAACAAACUUUCACAACUUAUAGUGAUAAUCAAAAUGCUGUUACAAUUCAGGUGUAUGAAGGAGAGCGAGCUAUGACCAAGGAUAAUAAUUUGUUGGGAACUUUCAACUUAACCGGGAUACCACCAGCUCCAAGGGGAGUUCCAAAGAUUGAGGUGACUUUUGAUUUGAAUGCCGAUGGUAUUCUUAAUGUUUCGGCAAAGGAUAACAGUACUGGCAAGUCGGAGAAAAUUACAAUUACAAAUGACAAAGGUCGUUUAACGAAGGCCGAAAUCGAUAAAAUGUUAUCCGAAGCAGAAAAGUAUAAGGAAGAAGACGAAAAGCAAAAAGAAAGGAUUACUGCCAGAAAUGCUCUGGAAGGUUAUAUCUUUAGUUGCAAACAGGCCACAGAAGAUGCUGCAGCUGGUAAGCUAACUGACGCUGAUAAAGCUACUGUACGCGAUAAAUGCUCUUCGGAAAUUGCCUGGUUGGAUCGGAAUGCUUUGGCAGAAAAAGAAGAAUACGAUGAUCAUUUGAAAGACUGUCAACAAGUUUGUGGACCAAUAAUGGCAAAAAUGCAUGCACAAGCUCCAGGGGGAGCUAGUGGUGGUAGUCAGACAGGUGGUCGAGGAGGUGCAGGAGGACCUACAGUUGAGGAAGUUGAUUAAAUUUCUUAAUUUUUGUAUUUAAAAAUUUCACUGUUCAGAGUUGUUGUAUAAUUUUGUUUAUUUGAUAUAAUUAAAGAUUUACUUAUUAAUUUUGAAUAUAAUAA